GUCAUCUGGCAAGGCAGUGGGCACCGAGUCACCAGGCACGACAGUGGGCUCCGAGUCAACUGGCAUGACUGCGGGCACUGGGUCAGACAUUGGAUCGUCUGGUCCGACAGCGGGCAUCGGUCACCAGGCAUGACAGCGGGCACUGGGUCAUCAGGCAUGGGAUUGUCUGGCUCGACAGCGGGCAUCGGGUCACCAGGUAUGACAGCGGGCACUGGGUCACCAGGCAUCAGGUCAUUUGGCUCGCCAGCGGGCACCGCGUCAUCUGGCAAGGCAGUGGGCACCGAGUCACCAGGCACGACAGUGGGCUCCGAGUCAACUGGCAUGACCACGGGCACUGGGUCAGACAUUGGAUCGUCUGGCCUGACAGCGAGCAUCGGGUCACCAGGCAUCAGGUCAUUUGGCUCAACAGUGGGCACCGCGUCAUCUGGCAAGGCAUGGGCUCUGAGUCAAUUGGCACGACAGCGGGCACCGGGUCAUCUGGCGCUGGAUCAUCUGGCUCGACAGCGGGCAUCGGGUUACGAGGCAUUGGAUCGUCUGGCUCGACAGCGGGCAUCGGGUCACCAGGCAUGACAGUGGGCACCGGGUCAUCAGGUACCCGGAUCGUCUGGCUCGACAGCGGGCGGGCACUGGGUGGGUCAUCAGGCUGGGUACAGACAUCAGGCUGGGUACAGGCAUCAGGCUGAAGUGCGGGUGCCGAGGCACCAGGCUGAACCACGGAAGGCGGGUUCUCAGACGGCAGGCUCACCGGCUCACCGGUUUGGAUACUGGCAGGAUGGUACUGGUUGGAAA